GGGCAGAGCAGAGUCUGCAGUGUCCAGCUGUCUGUCCAUGAAGAGCGACCGGUCUAAAGAUCAACCUCCAUACUUCAGUGCUGAACCUGGACCUUCAGACACAAAGGACAGGAAGAGGAGUCGAGGUGAUGUGAAGGAGCAGCUGUCCUGCUGUGCUUUGUGUCAGGAGCUCCUGGGGGAUCCAGUUUCCACCAGCUGUGGACACUGGUUCUGCAGACGGUGCAUCACCUCAUACUGGGACCAGUCUGAUCCAUCAGGAGAUCCUGCCUGUCCCCAGUGUGGAAAAAGAUCCAGAACAAGUCCUGGACUGCAGACACCCAGUCAAACCAGCCCAGUGGACGGCGGUCUGCAGGAGGUUUUAGACGAGCAUAAGAUCAGUCUGAGGAGGAGAUGUGAAUUUGUGACAGAAGGAACUGCUGCAGCAGGAAGUGGAACCCCCCUCAACAGGAUCUACACUGAGCUCUACAUCACACAGGGACGGAGGGAAGGGGUUAAUACCCAACAUGAGGUGUGGCAGCUGGAGACAACAUCCAAGAUGGAGACCCUCAGUGACACUCCAAUCAAGUGCCAGGACAUCUUUAAACCCUUACCUGGCCAAGACACACACAUCAGAGUAGUUGUGACGCAGGGCGUUGCUGGCAUUGGAAAAACCUUCUCAGUGCAGAAGUUCACUCUGGACUGGGCAGAGGGCUUGGAAAACCAACAUGUCAGUCUUGUGGUUCUGCUUUCGUUCCGGGAGCUGAACUUGAUCAAAGAUGAGCGCUACUGUCUUCUCCAGCUGCUCCGUGUUUUCCAUCCAACAUUACAGAUGGUCACAGCAGAGAAGCUCGCCAUCUGUAAAGUCGUGUUCAUCUUCGACGGCUUGGAUGAAAGCAGGUUUUUAUUGGAUUUCCUGAACAAUGAGGUCAUAUCUGAUGUCACACAGACAUCAUCAGUAGACGUGCUGUUGACAAACCUCAUCAAGGGGAAUCUGCUUCCCUCGGCUCUCCUCUGGAUAACUUCCAGACCUGCGGCAGUCAAUCAGAUCCCUCCUACAUGUGUCGACAGGGUAACAGAAGUCCGAGGGUUCACUGACCUCCAGAAGGAGGAGUACUUCAGGAGGAGAUCCGGUGAUGAGAAGCUGUGCAGCAGAAUCAUCUCACACAUCAAGGCGUCCAGGAGCCUCCACAUCAUGUGCCACAUCCCAGUCUUCUGCUGGAUCACUGCUGCAGUUCUGGAGCACAUGUUGACUACAGAGCAGAGAGGAGAGCUGCCCAAGAGCCUGACUGAGAUGUACUCACACUUCCUGCUGGUUCAGACACAGAGGAAGAGGCAAAAGUACCAUGAGAGACAUGACAGGAGUCAGCAUGAGCUGAGGAAGACUGACAGGGAAGUUCUUCUGAAGCUGGGCAGGCUGGCGUUUGAACAUCUGGAGAAAGGCAACCUGAUGUUCUACCAAGAAGACCUGGAGGAGUGUGGUCUUGAUGUCAGAGAGGCCUCGGUGUACUCAGGAGUGUGCACAGAGAUCUUCAAAACCGAGUGUGUGCUCUUCCAGAGAAAAGUCUACUGCUUUGUUCAUCUGAGCAUUCAGGAGUUUCUGGCUGCAGUCUACAUCUUCCACUGCUACACCAACAGGAACACAGAGGUACUGGCCAGAGUCAUGAGAACACACAAGAAUAAAGGUGUUGACAAAAAGCCAUCGUUGGAUAUCUUCCUGAAGACAGUCAUGUCUGAAGCCCUGCAGAGCAAAAAUGGUCACCUGGACCUCUUUGUCCGUUUCCUUCAUGGCCUCUCACUGGAGUCCAACCAGAAGCUCUUAGGAGGCCUGCUGGGUCGGACAGAGAGCAGACCAGAAGACAUCCAGAAAGCCAUCAGAAACCUGAAGAUGAGUCGAGCAACAGUUAUCUCUCCUGACAGAUACAUCAACAUCUUCCACUGUUUGAUGGAGAUGAACGACCUCUCAGUAAAUCAGGAUAUCCAAGAGUUCCUGAAGUCAGAGAACAGAUCAGGGAAGAAACUCUCUGCGAUCCAGUGCUCAGCUCUGGCCUACAUGCUGCAGAUGUCAGAGGAGGUUUUGGAUGAGUUGGACCUGAAGGCGUACAACACAUCAGAUGAGGGUCGACGGAGACUGAUCCCAGCUGUGAGGAACUGCAGGAAGGCUCGACUGAGUGACUGCAGCUUGACAGAGAGCAGCUGUGCUUCUCUGGCCUCGGCUCUGAAGUCCAACCCCCAUCUGACAGAGCUGGACCUGAGUGAGAACUGGCUGCUACAGGAUUCAGGAGUGGAGCUGCUGUCUGCUGGACUGAAGAGCCCAAACUGCAGACUGAAG